CUCGUAUCUUUCAAGAGGUCACUGAUUUGAAGGUUUCAUUGAGCAUCCUGUGGAUCUUCUAUUGAUUCCUUUAACAAGGGAACAUUUAACACAGAUAGAUUGCUAUCUGACCUUUGGAGGAAAGCUUGCACCCGUUUUACUAAUUAAAUGAACACUUGACGCGUUGUCGACUGAACGUCUGAGUUAAAGCCCACAUCAGACAGAUGUCCGCAAGGUGAAGUUUAUCACGUAAUUGGAUUUGAAUUGGUUUUGGAUGAUAUCUGGUAAGUGGCCAAAUGGGAAUUGAAGUAAAUUACACUCGGCUUGAUACGGAGCCUUCCAUAUGUGGCGACGAUCUGCUGUAGCUUGAGGUGAAACUGGAAGAUUUGUUUCUGUCCCUACUGUGCAGCUGGAUGUUUGUCUUCUUGAAUUUCUCUCAUUUCUAAUUCAUUUCCUGUACAAAGAAAACACUUUGCAUGCAUUUUUAAAUCUGUAUAUACUUUUGUUCCCAACAUUGCAAUAUCCCCCUCUCUUCUUUGCAGUCUGAGUAGAUUCAGCUUUUUGAAGAAGAUUUUACAGAUGUAGAGAAAGAGGAUCUAGAUGCACUCAUGAUAUUUUGCUGCUUCCUUUUUCCAAAAUACGCCAAAUCUGGGCUCUUCUUUUCAUGUUAAGGUGAAAAAUACAAAAUCUUUAAAUGGAACAACAAACACGGGAUGUUAUCUAGACCUCUGGGUAACCUUGUGUCACAUUUUCUGAUGAUUUUAUUAGGCAAUAAAAAUCUAUCAAUAAGUCUUUAAAGUGAGAAGAUGGUUUAUCACCUUCAGUUUCAGCAAAAGACCAGAAUCUGCAGAAAUGCCAGCUCUUAUGAGGCCUCUGUUCGGUCAGAGAUGGACUCACCGUACGUGCUGUCUUCAUCCUUGGUUCCAUCGAUGGUGCCGUCAGGCUGCAUCUGCAGCUGAAAGCCCUGUCGACUGGAGAGCCUGGUCACAAUGCCCUUCAACUGGGGCUCUGAGAGGAGGAGAAGGAGAGCAGAAAAGAAACAUUGACUGUAUUCAUCUCUUUAAACAGUCAUGUGAUCUCUCAUGAACUAAAUCCAGCGGUCUCUGCAAGAAGCCGGAAGUAUCGGAAGAGGAUAAGCUGUUUGUGUUUCAGUCACAGGGCCUGUACUGGGCCCAGAACCGGUCCCUGACCCUGUACUAGGCUACACUGUGGUGCACAAUAACUGACAGGUGCAGCAUGAUGGGAGCUCUGGUCUGACUGAAUGAGGAUCUUGAUAUUCUGAGAUCUCCAUCAACUACAGAUGCGCCAAGACUGUCUGUGUGCUGCAGGCCUCUCUAAAGUUCUCUACAUGUGAUGUUUGGAGUCAUGCAACAGGAGAGGGUGAUGGAGUGAUGGAGUGAUGGAGGGGAGCACAGGCUGAGAGAGUGAUGAGAGAAAAUGGUGUUGGUUGGUGGAGGUGAUGGAGGUGAUGGUGCUGCUGGUGGCAGAGGUGAUGGUGGUGGUGGUGAAGAUGGUUGAGGUUUGGGUUGCAGACGCUCUCCCUCCACUCUCAGACCUGGUGGUCGCCUUCUCUUCCGUUUUUUCCUCGAUCCAAACAAUUUGACGCGCGAGAACACGUUCAGCUUGCUCGGCUUCUCGUUGGUGCCUUUGCUGUUGCUCGGGCUGCCGCCGCCGCGGCACGCGUUUGCCUUCUCGCGCUCCCUCGCCUGCCGCUUCUGGCGGAUCAGGGAGCUGGCGAUCGCCGCUGCCCGAGACAUGUUCCCCCGGUGGAGCGAAACAAGGCUGUGCGUCCCGGUUGGAGGGGAGAGGGUUCGCGGUUAAGGCGCAAAGGGGUAACGGGGUGGGGGUCUACGCCACCCACGGCUCAGUUCGCAUCACACAGUCUGCAGUCUCGUAGGUAUCCGUGAAUGUAAAAAGCGUCCAGAAUUCUCCAUGAUCGGUGCGUCCAGGCGCUUCAUGGAAGUCGUUAAACAAAUCCGCUGAUGUGCCAGAGUGUGAGCCCUAACGGCGCCGCCUCAUGUCCCCCCCUCCUCAAAGAGGUCUGAGUGGCAAAAGCUGUCUGCUUCCCCCCCUCAGGUGAUUCUUCAGGCUGUCCCGGGAGAGAAGAGCGGGCUGCGGAAGGAUCUAGUCCCGGGUCCAAGCGGCGAAUCAACAGCUUAGAGACGCUGCUCUGAACGACACCGGGGCUUGUUGUUGCUGCUCCUCAAUGCAGCUGCUGCUGCUGCUGCUGCCGCUGCCGCUGCCGCUCUGCACCGCUCCCCACGGUGCCGCUCCGCCGCUCGAUGCGCUCCGUGACACAAAUGCAGCAACCGGAUUGUUUGUCAAUGAAACAGCUCGGGGCCGGUUCAGAGGGAGGAGAGGGAUCAUGAUGCAGCCGUGCCGUUCAUAAAACUGCUGCAGCCCUCCCUGCCCGCCCCGAGGAAGGAGGAGGAAGAGGAGGAGGAGGAGGAGAGAGAGAGGGUGUGUGUGUGUGUGUGUGUGUGUGUAUAUAUAUAAGUGGAUGUGUUUUGUGUGUUUGUGGGUAAAAUUUUGGGUGUUAGGGGGUGAACCUGCUGGUUCUUCCUCAGAGGGCACCUGUAACCCUGAGCCCCACGUGGCAUGAUAUUUACAUGUCAGACAAAAGUGAUGGGAGAUUGACAGAUGGAGAGAGAGAGAGAGAGAGAGAGCGAGAGAGAGAGAGGUGGGGGGUGAUAUAGGAGGAGAAGAGAGAGAAAUAAAGAGUGAAAAUGUAAGAGGAGGAGGCCAGAAUGAAUGAGAGGAGGAAUAAUGGAAAGAGGGGGAGGUGGAUGGGAUGGGGGGGAGAAAAUGAGAUAUUGAGUGUGCCUCUGUGUGUGUGUGUGUGUGUGUGUGUGUGUGUGUGUGUGUGAGGAGAGAGAGAGAGAGAGAGAGAGAGAGAAUAUACAACCUACAAAUGGAUUGGCAAAAGUGAGUGAUGAAUGAAGGAGGGAAGAAGAAAAGGGAAAGAGAGGUAAAUGAGAUAAAAAGAAAAAAAAGGUUGUGUAUGAGAGGAAGAGUGAAGAAGAAAUAAGGAUUUAUGACAGGAUUUAUGGAGGGGGAAAUAAAAAAAGGACAAAAUGUGAAAUCAGGAGAGAAGAAUGAAGUGAGGAGGAGAUGUGAGUGUGUGUGAAGAGAGGGAGAGAAAUUGGAGGAAGAGAGGGAGGAGGGGCUCUCGUCUUAUUUUGGUGCAGAGGUUCACUCCUGCUGACAGGCUGCAGCGCGAGAGGAGGAGGAGGAGGAGGAGGUGAAAAACGGAGCGGCACUUCAGCAUGUAUGAGUCGUGGCGGUUCCUCGAUGUUCUUUUGCACUUAGACACACACACACACACACACAUAGUCAUGCAUGUCAACAGGGGGAGCACAUGCACAGCUGUCAGUGAGAGACACAGCUGCAAUGGCGCAUGGCAACUGCAACUCCAAACAGGGAAGACGAAGAGGAGGUGGACUAAGACUCACAGCAGAGGUCGACCUGUGAGCGCCAGGCGCCCAACAGCAGGCACAGCUGCCAUGUGCUGCUCCACAGCGGAAAAGAGAGUGAAAAUCGAUGGUGAAGGAGAAGAGGAGGAGGAGGAUGUGUGGAGCAGUAAAUUAGAGGACUGAAGCGGAGGUGAACUUAGUGUGCUGUGGAAAUAAGACAGAAGGUGGAGGGGAAAGUGAUGGACUGUGGAGAGAAGCCGGGGUCAGGACCUGGUCAGUGAGGAGAGAGAAGACCUUGGCAUGAAGGACCUGGAGUGACACCCACAGCCUUCUGGAUAGGUAAGCCCUGUGUAAAUAUACCGACAAAUAUAGUAAAGGUGUGACUGCGCGGCUCAACCCACAGACUGUGAAUUCACAGGAACACUUCAUGCCACGGAGGAUUUCAUAACUAAUCCAUGAUGCCAUCUGAACAUCGAAAUAUGAGAGCAAACAUGUGUAAAAGCAUGGGGAUAAAAAAAAUGACUGAAAGCUCGGUCCUGUCCUUCAUCUUUCAUUUAUGACACCCUCGCUUUUAAAGCCGAACCACACGUCCCUAAAAGCACCAAAACACAAAAAUGAGGACAGAAAACGUCAGAGUGGGGAAAACUGAAUCUUAUGAAAGUGCACAUACUAUAAAUCAACAAUCAAUAAGAAACUCAGUGUUGCAGAAAACAAGCAAAUCAACAAGUGAAUGGAUUGAAAGACCCAAAAAGAAAAUGAGUAAAUGAAUGAAUCAAUAAAUAAAUCAAUAAUAAGCAGAAGCACAGAGGAAAGGUUUGUUACUUUGGUGACUCCAAAACAACUCCUCUAAUACUGUAAUCCCUUUUUUAAAACGGACAGUAGCCAUUUAAAAUCUCAUAAAUAUGACUUAACGGGAACAAAUGUGUGAUAUCAAUAAAAACAACAAAAGUCACAGUAGGGCUGCACGAUUGACCAAUUUUAAAUCAUAAUCAGAUUAUUUGACUUUGACGAAUUUUGACGAAAAUCCUCAAAUCAAUUUUCCUCCCUAUUAUAUCUCGUGCCUACAGGCCACCGUAGGCUACCCCUUAUUGCGGGAGCGCUCCCCAGUUCCCACACACACCAGUGUAAACAAACAUGGCGUCGCAAAAAAAGGUGAUAAUUUUGUGGCUAAAUAGAGCAAGAGCAAGUCAGUCUUGUUGAAUUGGUACGGCUUCACAGUUUCAGAUGAAGAGCAAACCACUCCCUGCUGAAGAGUCUGUCUGAAGACGGUAUCAACCCGUCGUCGUAUUGGCGUUUCAUCCACACAGAAAUGGCGUUUCGUGACUAUAAAAGGUACUUUUUAGGGUGACCAUACGUCUUUUUUACCCGGACAUGUCCUCUUUUCUUGGUGGCUGUUCAGCUAUGUCAGGGGAAGUUUAUAAAAUCCUUCAAAUGUCCGCGGUUUUGUACACAAGUUUCGAUUUUGUGCCACAUGGACUUACUAAGUUAAAGCGCGUAAAAGACACUUGAUCCGACCCCAUAAACUCUCAAAAUUAAAUUCGUGGGACCCUGUGACUCCGCCCCCGUGGAGUCGUGUCCCCUUUUUGGGAAGUCAGAAUAUGGUCACCCUAACUUUUUGAAAACGGGUCAGAAAGUGUAUAGAUAUGUAAACGAGUACCAUUUCAUCUCCGUGUGAAUGUCUAUCUGCAUCUCUCGAAACGAUUAUGUCGCACAUAGCGUAACGCCUGCGUGUGUCCAGCCAAAACAACCUUUAUAUGCAUGCUUACUUAUGCAUACUUACUGGCUUGGCAUAAUCACUACAUCGUUUUCAGUGGUUUCAUUUUGAGAGAUGAUAGAAAAACUUUUGGUGAAGUUGUCAAUUAAAAAUCAAAAUCUAAAAUCGAGUUUUCAGAGAAAAAAAUCAGGAUUUUAUUUUUGGCGAAAACUGUGCGGCCCUAAGCCACAGUAUCAGGAAUCAGAUGCUAUUUUUUUAGUGGUUGAAAACUUGUCUCAGGUUUGGUUUCAGAUCUCAGCGCCCCCCACAGGCAGUGGCAUUUGAGCGUGAUAGCGGUGGAAGAAGAGAGUCGAUCCUGAUAGUGAAUACUAUAGUACAUUUACCACAGAGAGCCCUCUGUAUAAGUGUGUGUGUGUUUGUGUUUGUGUGUAUCAGUCUGACCAUAAGUGCCAGCUGGAGUAGAGUCAUGCAGCUUUAUUCAUAACAGAGUUUCACACUUGCAGCAAAACCGCAGUAGAUACUGACCAUGAACAUCAGCAGGGUACACAGUGAUACAUCUCAAAAAACGUGAAAUUGACGCACAAUUUUUGGGACAUCUUGGUCGCACUAAACACUUAAAAGACAAAUCAGUUAAUCUUAUUUUGGGUGCAGAGAGGAUGUGAGAGCUCGCCCCGCAGGCUGACAUGGAGCUUUGCUUUGAAAGGAUUAGUCAGAGAGUGCAGGGAGCUUUGGGACUUUUGAUACAAGGUCUCUGAAGGCACUGGUGUUAACUUGUGUUGAGCAUAUUCAAUUAUUUACUAGGUUCCCAAAGAGUUCCCCCCUUUUUUAAGUUCUGCAAAGAUCCAAAGAUUUGGUUUAUGAAAAUCUCUAGAUCCCAUUAGUCCUUGAAACACUUUAACCCUCAUACAGCGUUAAUAAAAAACUUCCUUUAGCGGUAUUUGUGGCUGUUUUCAGAUCAAUAUUUCUUUCUACUUUUUUUGCAUAAAUCUGUUAAGCAGCUUCAGUCCUGAUCAAAACUACUAAAUACUAAAUUCCAUGAUACAGAUACAGAAACUAGGCUAGUAAUACAACAGGCCUAUGUAAUGGAUAAAUGGGAGAACCAGGUGAUCAACAGUAAAAUUACCUAAUUUGAUCCCUUCUGAAUACGGUUGAUCACCCUGACUGUAAAAAUUAUAUUUAUAUAGUGCCAUGUCUCUGCAUUCAAAACGUGGUUAUAGUGGGAGUCAAUGGUGCAAAAACAGCCACUAAUACCAUAAAAGGAAGUUUUUUUGAAAAUCUGUCGCUGCACGAAAACUAAAUAUGCAUAAAAGUCAUUGAUGUUACUAAUCUAAGACAUGUCCAAGACUGUGAUAACAUGAAAAAAUUCUCUUUGUCCAAUUACUUUUUAUAUUGAAAAUAGCUCAUUUUGUGAUUUUGUGUGUAGUUUUUCCCGCAUCAGUGACUUUAUUUUUUAAUUGGCAUUCAAAGGGUUAAAAUUUUGGAUUUUUAAAAAAAAUAUUUACUAGUUUUGAUCAAGAUUGAGGUUGAUUAAAAGAUUUAUGCAAAAAAUUUGAAAAAAAAAAAAUUUAUCUGAUAUAAGCGGUCAAAGUUAGUGGCCGAAAACAGCCACUAAUACUGCUAAAAGGUAGUAAAUUUGCCAACAGUGUCAUCUUUUGAAAAAUUUGAAAUCCUGUUUUCAAAUUAUCUGCAAAAAUAAUGUUUGUCAGUGAAAAUCAUGCUAUUUGCCAAAAUACAGUGAAAGUUAUGGUCAAAUUAAGGGAAAAACUGACCCUGGACGUUUUUGUCACCAAUACUGCAGAAGGGUUAAAGAUAAAUUACUCAAAGCCAUACAGGUUGUGACACUAUUUUUAAAUGCAAAAUAAAAGACUAAUCAUUUAUGACUGAGUGCGAAUAAAAGUUUUAAAAACAGACAGGUUAGAAGUUCAGCAGCUGGAGUGGAGCAGCCUCUCUCUGCAGCAUGCAGGGCGCGCCCGUCGCUGUAUUCAGCACCACGGACAGCGCUUCAAGUUUGCAUCCUUUCAAAAACACUCAACUUUUUCUGACUUUGUAGAGUCUGAACAUACUUUUAAAACAAAUGAAAAUAUGACAAUUUUACAUCUUUUUAGUCUGAAAUGUAUCCUACUGUAUAAAGAACCUCAAAAGCACACAGACCACGAUAAAGAAAGGUCCAAACUGGAGAAUUCAAGACCGCCUGUUGACCUUAAAGUCAGUCUGUCAUGCACAGGGAUGAGCUUUUAGCCACACAACUAAGUUAAAAGACUUUGAUUUAGCAGGAUUACUAAACCCUGGAUUAAAUAUGAAUCUUGACUCAUUCCUCUCGGGUCCUACCUGAGGUGGAUCUGCGGAGAGGGAAAGUCAUGCUGCGUCUGUGGAGCUCCUAUAGCUGUGUACUCCUGACUUUUUUUUCGCACUUCCUGUUGUACGCUGCCCGACGAAAAGGGGAGGAAUUACCGAAGUUCAAAGCAGACAAUUCUCCACGGUACCGGAUCCAUUAAGGCAGCGCACAUGGCGUUGACGAGAGAUCGUUACAGAACAUUAGAGGCCAUUAAGGCUUUGGAAAGCGGUCAUUAAUGAUUCAUCUCAAGGCCCCGCUGAUCUGGCACAAUAAGAGAGGGAGGGAGCCAGCAAGCCGGCCGGCCGGCCAAAUCCAAGGAGCCAUCCGGGAGGCAGCGUGUUUAUACAUGUAUUUGUAGAAACAGAACUGUCAGUGUGUCCCAAGGAAGAUUAGCUGUGAGGGGGCAGACACGUGCUCACAGUUUACACUGACCUCCACAUUUCACCUGACCUGAGAUAAGUUCACCAAUGAAGAUAAAACAACAACGAACACAAUACUAAACGGCCAGGGACUCCCCUAGUGCAGGACCGGAUCUGUUUCUGUAAGACCAAGAGCCUUAAAAUAGAAGCAAAGUCAAAUAUUGUUGUUCAGUUUAAUCAUCAAUAGAUCCACUCAAUCCACUUAGCUAAAAUAAGGAUUAUUAUUAUCAUUAAAUACAUUUAACAUGAUUGUAACUGUACUGUCCACACUCAAACACUACUUUAACCAACUUCAGCUCUACAUAAUAUUCAAAAAGAAACAGCAGUUUGUUCAACACAGCUUUAGAGCAUCAAAUAAAGAUUGAAGGAUUAAUUUCUUUUAUAUGAGGUUCUGAUUUUAUUCCUGCUGAUUGACUAAUUCUUGCUACAUCAUUAUUCACUCUCAUAAAAUAACAAUCAAACAGUCUGAGACAGUCAAAAAAGGGCAAGCUCGAAGCCCGAAGUCUCAACUUUGAAAUAGAGCUGCCAGACUUCUUUUUCAAACUUCAUGCUCACAGUUUACACCGACCUCCACAUUUCACCUGACCUGAAAUAAGUUCACAAAUGACCAACAAACACAUUUCUAAAAGGCCAGGGACUCCCCCAGUGAUCGAAUCUAAUCCACUGUCAAUGUUUCUGUGAGACCAAGAGCCUUAAAAUAGAAGCAAAGUCAGAUAUUGUUGUUUAGGAAAGUUUGAUCAUCAAUACAUCCACUCAAUAUUCUAUAAUAUAUAAUAACUGCUCAUUAAAUUUCACUCAGAUAAGGUGGUGGAAUGAAGGUGAAAGCUAAAAUAAGGAUUAUUGUCAUCAUUAAAUACAUAUACAUGGUUGGAACUGUACUCUCCACACUCAAAUACUACGACUUCAUCCAACUUCAGCUCUAAAUAAUAUUAAAGAAGAAACAUCAGUUUAAUACAAAACUGAAGGGUUAAUUUCUUUUUCUGAUCUUAUUCCUGCUGAUUGACUAAUUUGUUGUUAAUUCAUCAAUCACUCUUUUCAGACCUGUACCAUUAAAGCGGUACCUUAUUGUAAAUUCAUAUGAAUUUAAAAUGACAAUCAAAACAGUCUGAAACUGUCAAAGAAGGGCAAGCUUGAAGUCUGAAGUCUCAACUUUGAAAUAGAGCUUCCAAACUUUGAUUUUAAUGGUAACUAUUCACAGGAUGUCCAAAGUUCAAUCACUGAUUAAUCACAUUUGAAGUCCAUAUUUACAAUUUAAGGCUAUUCUCUCAUGAAUGUCAUGAUUUAGGACUUGACAUGAAAGCAAUCAAGUGUUUAUGGUCUUAGCUUCUAGAUUUAUUCAAAUGCUGCUUUGCUUAAACAGUGUGGUCUGAAACCAUGAAUGCUUAUUCUGCAAAACAUAGUGUUUUGUUUUGUUUUCUUUGAAGGAUAACUCUCUAAGGUAUUUAGAAAUAUACAUGAGUGCAUGCACAAAAUGUGAAACACAUUUCAAUUAAGUUGUGUAGAGUAAAGAGUAGCUAAAACUUGGAGGUAUUUUAGGGAUAUUUAGAUUCUGUUUGACACAAAGUGCAUCAUUUUUGAGUGUUUGACAGAGACCUAACCCUAUCAUAACAACCAGGAGGUCUCUGCAGUGUCUUUGAUAUACCAAAAACUAUAGUUAGUAGUUUCCAAUAUUAAAAAUAAGGAGGUAGUUUUAAAUAAACUCACACUCCAUGCACACAGACAUAUAAAAACACAGCCUUAAUGGUUCUAAACUACAUCCAUCUAAAGCUCUAUAGGCUAUCAUCAAUGAUCAAAUACACUACACACUUUAGACAGUAACCACAUCAGACACAAGCUGUCGGUCCAGGAUUACACACAGUCUCUACACAGCCUCACGUAACCAUCUAUUAUCAGCCCAUUACACUGUUGUGCUUCCUGUGAAGCAGCCAACUCAAACACAGCCGCGUCCAGAGAUGAUACAGACAUUAUUACAGAUUACAGAGAGUCUUUAUACUGCAGGGCAGGAGGCUGUAAAAGCUGCAGAAGGCAGAGAAGCAGGAUGAUGAUGAUGCCUCUGCUGCUGCUGCAGAAAAUGCACAUUCAGCUGUUUGAGAAGUGGCGCUGGCAACAGAUUAAUCUCAAUUAUCUCUGAUAGGAAUUAGCUUUACAAAUAUCUAUGAGCAGAGAGACAGUGUUAUUGUAGUUUCUGUCCAUGUGGUUGUCAUGACCACUGUAUUACAGUUCCCUCUGAUCAGGAAAUGACUGUAUCUGAUAAAGCAGAUGGAAGUAUUGGUCUGGGUCGGUGUGAGCCUGUGUUUCUCCUUCCUUCUACUUCUACCUUUUAUUUCUCUUUUGUUUCAGCUGGACUGUUCAGCUCUGAACAAACACACUCCUCCUGAAAUAGCUUUGUAGCUUUGGCUUGAAAUAGCAGACCACAAAGAUGGCAGCAGGUGCGUUUUGGCAAAGGUUCCUAGGCCAAUAGCCCGGGCAGGCAGCCAGCAACCAAUCAUUGGAGUAUUUUAGAGAUCAUCAGCUGUCAUUCACCAGCAGUAAUUCUGGUUGUCAACCACUAGAGGGUACCAAAUAAUCAAAUAACAGAUACAUUAAGGGAAAGGUGAGUGUAUGUUGGCAAUGAGAGCCAAGGUGUUCAUUUAAUCUUCCCUUCCAAUAGUCAAUGUUACAAUCUCAAUAACCUCCUAAUAACCUCCAACCCAUAAUAAUCUGGACAUCUCAUUAAAGGGGACAACAUUUCUCUUCUUUGUCAACUACUGCUUUUAACAAUAAUCAUAUCUCAAAAUAGACAAGUAAACUGUAGUUAUAUUUAGAUAUAAUCGCCCAAAGACAAACAUUUAAACAUUUUAAGAGACUUUAUGGCUGACUACAGAGGAAACAUUUUGUCUCUGUGAAAUCUCUGUCAUGUCCUUGUCAUAUUUUUGACUCUGUCCAGAUUCACUGGAGUCUCAUUUCAGGACAGACUUCCUUCCUAAUACUGCUACUCACCACCAGAACUCUGGUUCAACACACUUGUAGUGACUAUUCCACUCAAACUCAAACCCUAAAAGACCCUGUAAAGACAUUUUACCCAAAGAUAGAAAACUAAAAGUGUAAAUGUUCUCAGAAAGUAUGAAGAAUUAUAUGUUUUUUAUGUUCAUACUCAGCCAUCAAAGUGUCUCAAGACGUCUUAAGACAUCUUAAGACAAAAGUUUGAAGACGUCACCCAUGUCUUUAGACAUCCCAGAGCAGAAAAUAGGAUUCACCCUGUCAUAUUUUUGUGUCUUGAAGACAUCUUAAGACACAUUUGCUUUGUCUUUAGACAUCCACAUCUUAAGACAGCUUCAGACAUAGUAUGCAUGUCUCAAAGACAUGGUCACGCUAUCUUGUUUCAACUGGAGUAUUAUGAUGAUCAUUUUAUGGUAAUAGUCUAUUUAUAUUUUACUUUAAAAUCUGUUUUAACAUUAAUCGCGUAAUAAAUGAUUAUAAAUUAAAUUAAUCAAUAUUUAACUUGCAGUAAUUUAAAUUUUUUGAAAGCCCUGCGUAAUGGAAUUAAAAACAAAAAUACCUCAAUUUAAGUGUUGGUAAUAAAAUUUGGAAUUUAGCUUUUCAUUACAAUAGACCUUUGAAAACAAAACUGCUCACCUGGUUAUUUUUUUUGUGGUUAAACUUCUAUUUCAUCCCUUAAAUUUAACACUGACUCACAAUUAAGACAAAAUAGUGUGUGUAGAGUUUCAUUUUAAGAGCAGAGUUUUAACUCAAUUCUGAGCUUAUGCUGAUUUUAAACAGGUAUUUUGUUUUUGGGUCAAUGACGUGACACAGUUUUUGUUUUUUGUUUUUCUGGAUUUUAUCCAUUUUGAGAGAAUAUUUGGGGAAUAAUGGGGAAAAUGUCAAUGUGGUGUAACCAUAAAAACACAGUACCAAAUAUUUCAACUUGUUCAAAAAAGGAAAAAAAAUUUUGGCCAAAGUUUUCAGCAUUUCUCCUGCUAUAUAUUGCAAAAAUGCAUCCAAUUUAAAACAGAAAAUCCUAACAAAAUAUAUAGAUAUAUUAUGACUAAAUAACUUUUUUAUAUGUACACUUGCACACACUAUAGGUGGAAAUAAGUAUUAAAUAUUUCCCCUUUUGUUGUGGUUACACCUCUUGACAUUUUCGAGGGAAAUCCAUCAUUCAUUUUGUAAAAAAGGUUUAAAUGCUAUUUCAAUUAUAUGAAACUAACAGAAAUACAAAAUAUACAUCUUUGCAAACCUAAUGCAAACUUUUAAAACAAUUUAUUAGAACAUUUUUGAAUUACUCAUGAUGCAAACCCUAAUUUGUCACUGACCCUUAUCAUAUUCAAAGACUUGUCUUGUGGUUAGCACAGCUUUUUUUCUAAGUGGGAAUAAUUAUGGAGCAUGUUAAUUGUUCCAAAAUUUGCUGAAUAUUUUCCUAUAUUUGAUGACCACAAGGUGGCGCCAGAGUAAAAGUCAGGUAGUGGUUGUGUGCUGCGUAGAAGAUGAGAAUUAUUCCAGUCUAAUGGGUUUAAUCUGAUAGUUUCAGUUUUGUUGAAAUAUUCAAUCACGGCACCGCUAAAAACUCUUGGAUGGUGGGUUGUUUCGUCUGUAAGUAGUGCGCCACAAACCCGACAAUAUUUUUCUUCCAUGACUUGAAAACAAGCAAUCAAACACAUGGAAGAGCUGAACUAUCACGCUGACUGUGUAACAACAGAUGUGCAGUGGGGACCCCUGCUGCCAUUUUUCUGUGUCACAAUCAGAGUUAAUUGAAUCCUCUCAUCUCCUUUCCCACAUUCAGACACACAUACAUAAAAGGCGACAACAGUUAUCCUCAUCUUCAAGCCUAAUCUCUUUAAGAGCAAGAUGUUAAUGAGGUUUUGUUCUACAUAAACUUAAUCCUAAUAGCUGCAAUUAAUGUAUGCAGGACUUUACAGUUGACACAUAACCCUAAAUGCUUGUCCAACUAAGUGAGAAUGAGCCAUUGCAGGACAUAUAUUCAUCAGAAUGUACAAAAGACAUGCGACAUUACUAUCGCUGUGAUUUAUAAAAAAACUCACAGUAUCUCCUUUUGUCACUGGUGCAAUUAAUCAGUUUAAUCCAACUAAUUCGUCAUAUCUACUUACAAUUACUUUGGAAGGUUUGGGAGGAGGGUGACUCUAUAACUUUGUGUUUCUCCUAACUGCCUAAACGUUUUCUUAUUGCUUUUAAAAUGAAUACAGUCUAUUUUAUUAUAAGUGAUGCUCUUUUAACUCAAAAUCACUUACAUACCACUGUAAACUCUUGCUCCAUAAUAUGUAGCUGAUCUGUUUUGGUUAUGAGGUCAAACUUAACUGCACUUCAAUAAAUUGCCUUUUUUUUCCCCCAAUUUGUUGUGAAUGCUGAAAACUACAUCCUAAAAUUAUGUAUAAGUUACCGAUGUCCCCAGUAUACUUUGAAUUAUGGGUCUGUUGUAAUUGUGAUCCAUUACAACCAACUGUGGUCUCAGUUCUGGCCCUUUAAGUGCAUUUGUCAUGUUUUAAAUAAUCUAUUCUGAUUCUCUGUGCUGGUUUUGUUGCUUACAGUGAGGUUGUUGCAGGCUUUGAGUGAGUUUUAUAAGUUAAAGUUACCUGGAGGUUGCUAUUCUGCCACCUGUCAGUAAACAUGGCACAUCCUGCUGGCACGUUACCAUGGCAGCCAAGUCCAGCCUUUGGUCCGGAUGUGUCUGAAUUUUACUUUAUCUACAGCUCAAAUUUUUAUUCUUAAGUUAAUAUUACGUUUAGUUAAUUAUAAUUUCCAGGACACACAGUUUUUCUGCGAUGGCUUGAGGAUAAACCCAGAAGUAAAUAUCGAGACAGCUUCCGCUCUUAAAAGUUUACGACAGUUAGCUUGGCCUAAGAACAAACCAGCCAGUUAACCCUUAACUUUCAGACUUAUGACCGAGCUAAGUUUGGAAACACAUUCGCUGUUUACUCACCUAGGUGUAAACUGUCAAACUGUGAGUUUUAAGCGUCGAAAUGUUUAUGAGGCUCCUGUGGCCAUUGAUGGAAAAACCCGGAUAACAUUCGUCUCAAGCUGCAGGGGGGCAGUAGUGAGUCGAUGGCUGUGUCUUGAAAUGGAUCCCUAACCCCUAUAUACGUGACUAUGGCUGUGUCUGAAAUGAAUCACUCAAUCCCUAACCCCUAACCCCCAUAUGGGGUUUCACUAUAUAGCUGACUAGGUAGUGAGCUUGAUCACCCUAUAUGGGGGUUAGGGAUUGAGUGAUUCAUUUCGGACACAGCCUAUCACAAUUUAAACUUUUAUACAACGAAGAGGAACUAAUCGACAAGCGAGCCAGGAUAGCACUCAACAUGGGGAACCUGCUAGGAGCAGAGUCAGAAUUUAUGCUCAAGCAGUUGAUUGCAUAUUUGAGAGAUACAGGGCUAAUGGAGAGGAUCUCAUUUUCUUUUCUUUCUUUCUUUCUUUUUUUUUUUUUUUUGUCUGCCAAAUUACUGUUCUACACUCCAGUCCAGUAGGUGGCGGUAAUGCAUCUUCAAGUUGGUUUGCCAACAGCCACUAAACUCCAUUGAAGAAGAAGAAGAACUCAUCGACAGGCGGAGCUCAGGUGAGAUUUAUGCAUUGUUAGCAUACCUUAAAGUUGUAUUUUUUUGGUUCUACGGGAAAUUAAGACCUAAGGUCCUUAUACACCGGACAGUUGUGCGAUUAUUUCGGACGUCAAUAUCUUUUUUCAAACCAGUAUCCUGUCAAUACAAGAGUUCACAUCAGUGACGUUUUCCCUUCCUGCGAUAUUGCGGCAUUUAUUUUUCAGAUCACGGUCGAUUUUUACUGUGUGUCCACAUCUGACCAGUCAGAUUGCGUGUUGUUGCGACGUCAGAUUCACCGGUAUAUCCAACAUGGCGGACCGGCUGUUCGUUUACAUGUCUGAGAACAGAGUGCUUUUUGAUUUAAAAAAAACCAAACAUUACAAAGAUAACGACCCGAAGGACAACUUGUGGAGAGUCAUAGCGUCGGAUUUCUCAUAUGACGAUGGUUUGUUUGCUUUAACAGUUUGAACAUCUUUGUUUUAACUUUCAUCUGUGCUAACGUAAGCUAACGGUUGUUACCAUAGUUUCAUGUGCUUAUCUUAUCACCUCUGAUUGGCUGUAAGUGCUGGCCAUUUGGCUUGAGCGUGCAAUGACAUUUCCAGCUUUUGUAGCCAAUCAGAGGCAAAGGAGGCGGGACUUUCCUUGGGAAAAGUUUUCCCACUAGCAAAAUUGCAUCGCACUUGAUGUGUAUAGUCAGGCCCGUCAAAAUUCACCUCUGAAUAUUUCAUAAUUUGCGUUCUGUAUUUGUGUCGGCCUCGGUGUGUAAGGACCUUAACUUGGCAAUUGCUGAGGGAAGCAAAUUUAAAGCUGGGCUAAUAAACAACAGGAUAAUUAUGUGUUUAUCUUUUAAAUCCACUUUGUUUCCCUCCUGUCGAUGAUGUUAAGAGUUUAAAUUAAUCAUUUUGUCUUUCUCUAAUCUUGCCGGGUGCUUUCUAAUUUGUUGCCAUUUGUUGUCUUGCUGCUUCAGCAGUAAUCUCACAGUAAGCCAUUGCUGCCUUUGUAUGUGUUUGCUGUGUUUGAGUGUGUUUUUGUUAACUCAGCUCACUGGGGACUUCCAGGCGCAGUGAGAACACAAUUUACUGAUGUGGUGGCCAUAAAAAUGCUUUACAGUUUACUGCAUGAACUAAAACCUACACUUGAUAUCACUGAAAGACAAACUCACAUCACCUGAGUGUUAAAAUUUUAGUAGGGUGAUAUUAUUGUAGAGCCUAUAUUCUACUUCUUUAUCCAUCUACUACAACGAUUAUUAUUUAUCCUACUGUAUUACUCCAGCACACUUGUACAUAACAUUGAUUUUCACAGAGUUUCUGCUAUAACAACACUUUAAUAAUUAGGCAUAUUAUCAGGGAUUCAUUUUAAUAUCAUUUCAUUUACAGUAUUCUUUAAUGUGAACCUACUUUCUACUUAUUUAUCCAUCUACUACAGUGAGUAUUGUGUAUCCUACUGUAUUACUCCAGGACAUUUGUACAUAACAUUGAUUUUCACAGUGUUUCUGCUAUAACAAUACUUAAAUAAUUUGGUAUAUUAUCAGGGAUUCAUUUUAAUAUCAUUUCAUAUACUGAAUUUUUUAAUAUUAGCCUACUUUCUACUUAUUUUUCCAUCUACUGCAGUGAUUAUUAUCUAUCCUACUGUAUUACUCCGGGACAAUACUACAUAACAUUGAUUUUUGCAGUGUUUCUGCUAUAACAACACUUUCAUAAUUGGGUUUAUUAUCUUGGGUUCAUUUUAAUUUUAAUAUGAACAUGUGUUACGUUUCUGUGCUGUUAUUUAAAAUCCUUUAAUGCUGCAUACUUGUGUCUUUUAUGAAUGGGUUGGCUUAUGCAUAUUAUGAUGAACGAGCGCCUGUAAGCUCGCGGGCAACACCCUUUUUUGUCUCCAUGGCAAUGAUAGUUUCCCAGUUUCCAUUGCGGUGUACAGCGCGUCAAUUUUAUUGCUAUCCAGAGGGAAGAAAAUAAAUGAGUGUGUGUGUGUGACAGAGAGAGAGAGAGAGCAUCUGAAAUGACAUCUUAGAUACAGAGACCCUUCUAUUGGAGGGGUAAUUUAGAGGCUUAAAGAGAUCGACACUGAAUGUUUCCUGUGGUACAAUAUAAAAAGGGGAAAUGUAAGGUGGAAGAGGUCUGUGGAAAUUAAGUAGGACAAUAUAAUAUAUAAAUAGAUAGAUGUAAAGCAUUUCCAAUGAUAAAAAAGUGGAGUUUAUCUGCCCUGGAUUCAAUGAGAAGAAGUAUCUCCUCUGAUCUCAGUGAACGCUUUUGCAGAAAAAAGACAAACAUCUUCUUCUCACCUCCUUUCUCAUAUGAGUUGAUAUUCUCACUCACCUUUGGCGGCAUGGUCUUUAUCCUCUUUGUUUUUCGUUUUUCCGCUCAUGGAGCUUCUUCCUCUGCUGCUGCUGCUGCUGCUGGUGGUUGAAUCAAAGUUCAGAGGAAGGCUUCGGGCUCGUGGCUCCACUUUCUCAUCCUUUUUUUUUCAGAUUUUUAUUGAUUUAUUUAUUUUUUAUCCCCUCCUCACACUCCUUCUCGCCGUCGCUUCCCUCUCUACCUCCCCUCUCCUUUAGCCGGUCCCUUUCUCCUUCUGUCUCCACAUGCCUCUAUAUGAGCAGGAGCGCUCCCAAACAUGCGCGCGCACAAACAGCUCCCGCACGCUCUAAUCGAGACAAAGAAGAGAGACACUAAUGUGCACGUGUGUCACGCAACGCAAAAGAAAAACAAACCUCAGAGAUCCCCUUAUUGUGUACUUAAUAACUGAGAUCAAUACUAUCUGCAUUACACCUGUUUGGUGUCUUUUUGUUUAUUUGUUUAUUUUAUUAAUGUUUCAAUCAAAACUGCAGGUUAGUUUGACUUUCUAAAUUUAUAAAAUAAAUAAAUCAUAACUGGCAUAGUGAAUGUUAAAAGUGAGGUUGGCAGGAUUCUGUUAAAGAAGCAUCUUUUUUUGUGGUUUAUAAACGAAAAAGGCUUUUAAUUAGGGCCCCACCGAUAUGGAUUUUUUGGGGCCAAUGCGGAUACCGAUUAUUAGGGCGAAAAAAAAAAAGAUUACCGAUUAAUCGGCCAAUUUAAAAAAAAAAUUUUAUGAAGUUAUAAAUAUAUAUACUGUAGAUAUACUUUAGGCUACUGCUUUUCAUGUCGACAGGAAGACCGACAGCGUUUUCAGCUGAGUUAGGUAGUUAGUGGAUGAAGAUUGUCAUGAGGUCGCUGCGCCAUCUACACGAUAAGUCGGGAGACUUUUCAAAUGGCGGAACAUUUUCUAAGUGAAACCAAAUCUUACUCUCCACAUUUUAUUUCUGAAAAUAUCGGCGGAAAUCGGCGAGUUUUGGCCGAUUACUGAUUAGUCUCAAACAGACUAAAAUUGGCCGAUUUAAUUGGCUCGCCGAUAAAUCGGUCGGGCCCUACUUUUAAUAUCAGCUAUUAGUUAUUGAUGACAUUUGGUAAUAUAACAAUAUCAAUCAAUCAAUCAAUCAGUCUUUAUUUAUAUAGCACUUUUCAUACACAACCAUGUAGCACAAAGAGCAUUACACAGAAUAAGGAGUUAAAGAAACAAAGAACACCCAAAUCUACCCCAACCCCUCAUUCCCACCCCACCAUCUAAACACAACAGAAACAGAAUUAGAAUUCAUACACUUAGAAAGGGCUUGAUUUCAUGGAAACAAGAAUGUGCGCACUGAGGAAACGCCAUUUUUAAGGUAAAGAUAAGGAAACACUGGAGAUUUAGGUUAAAAUCUAAAAACAAAGAAACAUAGAAUGAAAUUUAAGAAAUAAUAAAUGAAAUGAAAUAAAAAACAACAGUAAAAGAUACUAAAAUAAGAGCACCAAAAUAGCUCAAUACAACAAGAGCUAAAAAGCCGGGUCAACAUAAAAUAUGGGGUACGCUUCGGAAUCUGUAACCUUUCUGCUGGGCAGGUAAACCGCUUUAACAAAGUAAGCCAAGUGUCUCCAACAGAAGUGUUUCUUAUCAAACGGGACCUGCUGUAGCGUGUUGUAGCGCCGCUAAACUGUUGACCUCGGGUCCUGGACUAUGUCACUUUAUCCUAGUUGUAGAAGUCCUGCAAACAUUGUGUUUGCUGGUAGUCUGUUGGCAUCUACAGUAGCACCAAUGCUUUUUAACUUUCACGUUGACUGGGCCCCAUUUGUAAUUAUCUGAAGUAUUUAUCUGCGUUAUAUCUGAAUUUAAUUGAAACGAUACGAGCGAGCAGGAGCGUCUGUUUGUGGGCGGGGCUUGGAGAGGAGGAGCUGAGGGGAAAACUGGCACUUCCUUAGAUCCUGCCGACCCCACCUUUAAGACUUUAAUCAAUAUAUUUAGACAGAGUUACUGCCUCUCUUUAACAGAAACCACACGAUCAAACAGUCUUUGGCUGAUCUUCAUAAUGAAUUGAAGCGCUGUCUGUUUCUCCAACAUGCCACUGUAAUUGCGGUUCAUAUUAACUGCGUAUGUGUGACUAAUCCAUAAAACACCACUAAAAAACCUAUUAGCUACAGCCUAUUAACUCCUGGUAGUAGUGCCUCGCUAAAAGGUAGUUGUGGAUAAAAUAGAAAUAAUAAAAAAUAAUGAACGUUUAUUCAUUAACAGACAUCUGCACGUCCCAAUCCUAAUAAAGUAAAAAGAGAACAGCAGUAAGAUGCUCUUACCAACUUGAAGAAGGUCAAUAUAUUCAGGAGGUCGUCUUUAGUCUGAUAUAUGCGCAUUCACCUGCAAACUCAGCAGUCUAACACUAUGCAAAUGAGUCGCUUUAUUGAUCAUUGAAUCAAUCUGUCCUGUGAAAUGGCUUUUUAACACAGGCAGGAGUGAGAUACACUCACAUGGUAUAUUUAUCCGGCGAUGCUCUGACUGUAAGUGUUCUGCUCCACCAAACGAAUCAGAGGAUUUCAAGUGAUCUGAAGUUCCUAUUUACCAUUUGUUGAAGAUUAUCAGUUUGUUAUGUUUUACUAAAGUUAAAAUCUGAUCAUACAUUGUGCCGUUAUCUUCGCAAAAACACACCAUAAAGCUAAAAAAAAAAGUAUUUAUUGAGUCAGUCAACAAACUCUUUUUCACUGAAAUGUAUUUGCAACAAACGAUGACAACUGAUGUCCUCUAAAGAAAUAAAGAUCAUAUGAUUCAUCAGUCUCUAAGACUACUCUGUGACAGUAAAAUGAUAUUAUUCCUCCUUCUGCUUCUCGUCAGACUGACUUUAAUUAACAGUUGUUUUCCUCCUCUUCUCCUCUCCUGUGCCUGCAGCUCCCUUCAGUUCAAGUCCACAUGACGAGAGCAUCGUCCAGGCCGGAGGCUGAGCUCCAGUUGUCAACACUCAGUGGUAAGAAGUUGGGUCAGGGAUAAAUUUAGUUUCCUCUGUUAACCUACAUGGAGCGGCAACUUGGCACAACAGGAGUGGCUUGUUCAGAAGUUGCUUCAGUUUGUUUGUUUCUUCUUCAGACAGUCACUGAUUAAUAACGAGCAGCCUGCUUUAUAUAAACCUUUUUAUUUGUAAUGAAAGAUGGAUGAAUGUUGUUUAAAUCAACCAAAUCUUAUCUUUUUGACUGUAAUUAUCUAUAACAGUGUCGGACUGAACAGAGAUGCACCGAUCCAUUUUUUUCAAAUCUGAUCCAAUACUGAUACCUGUGUGGAGCGUAUCGGCCGAUAUCCGAUAUCGAUCCAAUACUACUGUUGAAUGAAUGAACUGUAUACCUUCCGUGUAAACAUUUAUUGCAGACAGACAUGGACUAUAGAGCAAACAGAAUCACUGUGUCGCUGUGUUUGAUAUUAAUUAAAAGAAAAAAAGACUGGAUCAGAACGCUGGAUCGACGUCAUUCAUUAUAUAUCCAAUCAAUUCAAUUUGUCUAUAUCGGAGCCGAUAUCUGAUUGAAUAUCGGAUCAGUGCAUCCCUAUUACUAAACAUUUAUCUAACAGACAGGUUAUGUGUAGUCCAUCUUUUACUCCGCACAUUGAUGUCAUGAUGAGCUUUUCAUCUGUCAUGCCAGUUAGAGCUUAACAUUUACAAAAUACAUAUUCAGUCUUAUAAUGUGUGUUGAAUACUUUUGUUUAUUUUCCAAAUAAAGUGAUUUUACAAGUUUGAUUAAAGGUACAAAGUAUAAAGUACUAAGUUGUUGGGUUGAUAUGUAAGCACUUCAGAGACUGUCGUACUCUAAUGUUUUAAAGUCCCACUCCGAUAAUUUUUUUUUUUACUUCUUAAAGUGUUCUCAGUGGUCUUUACGUUGUGAUUACAACGUUUUUAGCCAAAAUCACAUUACCUGUGUCAUUUUUAAAGUCUUUUCUACUCCAGUAGAUCAUUAGCAUUUCACCUCUGAGUCGUGGGCGGAGACAGCGCUGCUCUGCACACUCCUCUUCACACUAGCUUGUAGCCUAACAUUGCCGGUGUUGUAGAAGUGACAGGUAACAUAAGAGGUAUUCAGCUCUCAGACAUGACGAAAGUUAAUAUCAUAAUUAGCUUUUUUAUGAGCAUUGAAGCCCACUAACGCACACACUUGUCCUGCAAUCGUCCUCUUUAUUUCUCUGAGUGUGUCUUGCAUAGCCGGGCUCAGGGGGCGGAGCUUGGAUUUGUGAUGUAAGAAAUCUCUCUGUGUCCAAAACUGCUGUUUGGGUCUGUUAGAUAUUCACAGCUGUUUGAUUUCAGAAAUACUCAAAAAUGCAAUUUCACACUUACUCUUCUCACAAUAUGUCCAGUAGCAUUAGAAAAAUGAACAUAUGAACAUGUAGACGACAAGAAAAACAUGAUUUUCAUCGGAGUGGGUCUCUAAACAAGAGAGCAGUGCAUGAGUAUUCAAUUACAAAAAAUUAAAUUGUGCCAUAAGCAUUUAAAAUAUGAAGCAUUUUAAGAGAAAUUAUCAUUGAAGAAAUUAAAAACUGUUAUUAAAAAAAGCAAAGUUAAUUAAAUGAAUUAAUUAACUUAGAUACAAUUAAAUUUAUAACAAUUCUAGAAGAUGGUCCUCCCUGAUUAGAUGAAUAAUAAUAAAUAUACAUAAAAUUUGAUCUACUUGCAAAAAUAGAUGUUUGGGCUGGUGUCACUAAUGGUCAUAUUAUGUCUGUUUCCAAACAUUAAAUAAACACCUUGGAGUUGGAGGAAAUUGUCGGUGCGUUUAACUGUGGUAUUUUUGUUUUAACACACUUUGUUAAUCUUAAAUCAUCCUUUUAAUUUGGCUUAUACCACAAGUUCUCCAGGCUCUUGUGUAACAGGUUUGUGACGUCAAAGUUGAGUUGGCUUUUUGACUUAAGCUAUGAGCCAGCAGAGCAAAUCACAGCUGGCCCUCUGCUCCCCUGGAGGAUUACUGAUCUGGGACCAGCUGCUCUGUUAUAAAAAAAAAAGUGACAUGUAUGACAUUGGACGUACGACUUCUUUUGAGUCCUCAGCAGACAUAUUCACUGUUUCACACUGAGCUUAAGUGGUAACUAUCACCUUUUUAACCACACAGAUACAGUAUGUGGAGAUAAUUAAAUCACUCUGUCAGAUAAUUACAGAGAAAGUGUCAGACGUCCAAGAAGAGCUAAAUUAAAGUGAAAUAUGUCACUGCUGAAAUAACCGUCAUGUUUCUCGUUUGACUGAAUUUCACUCAGAAGACAGUUUAAUGAAUCCCCCUCAGUGUUUAUGAUUUACAGGCUCUUUUCUCUGAACGCCAUGAAGUCAUCUCAGGUCAACAUCUACCGGGUUGGUGAGGCAGGAAUAGCCAAGACAUUGACCUCGUGAGUCACCCAGUAGCAGUAAAACAGCUGUAUGAUUGUACUGGAAUGGAGAGGUGACAUCCCUUUAUUGAUCGAUGACAGUGUCGCCAAAGAAAGAGGUCAAUGACUCAUGGUGGGCCUUCGUCCAGAGCCCAGGGUCUUCAUCAACACAGAGCUGUCCUCAGCUGCUCCUCACUGCGCUGCCUUUCUUUGGAGGUCUACUGGACUUGAACUUUUGAUGAUGGAAGAGCGCUUGGUAGAACCAGAACUUUCUGAACAGGAUCGCCUCAAAAAGAGCGGUGAAAGGAUGGAGAGAAGAGGAAGAAUCCGUGUAUCAUUUGUUCAUUGGAUUUUCAAAAUAAAACCAAAAACAAGAAAUCGAUUUUUUUUCUUCUAAAUAUUUGUCUCAACGGCUCAUUUUCCGAUUUCAAAUUUUAUUUAGCUCAGAUGAAAAUGGGAUAAAUGGAUAAUUACAGUUUUAUCUGAUUUAGACUUCCGUAGAAACUUUCAUGGGGGGCGGCCCCCAGCUGUGUGUCCGAUAUGAGCUCCUCCUCGGCACUCCUGCCUCCAGUUAGAGAUUGUAGUCCUUAAAAAGGUUUAAUUCCAGCUCGUCAUUCCCCACUCGCUCUUUCCAAUUUCCUUUUCCAUCUACAAGCCCCCUAAAUUACAUAAAAACAAAAACAUACAUUUGAUGUCAAACAUAGUCGCCAAAAUCAGAUGACUAAAAUAAUCAAAACCUACUUCUUGCUGCAAAAAUUCAGCUUAGUUUGAUUAAAAAAACAAAGACAAAUCUGUGUUUUUACCUUAAAUUCUCUAAACCUCAACAACAUCAAUCUGUCCCUCACUGAUCAAUUAGGCUAAAAGAGUUCUAAUGUAUCCGACCUGAGAUUAGAAAAACAGGCCCCAGAAAAUGUAAUAGAUGUUAAUAUAAUGAUUCACAGUCCAGACCAGGGGCCGCACACUGAGGAUCAGGUUUUCCACCAUCAGGGUUCUGCCUCUUUCAGAGCAUUAAUAUCCGUAUCGACCCCCCCGUCAUUCUUGAGAGAGGACUGAUCCAGUCGGACUAAUCACCUGGGAGUGUUUUGGCAAUAACUGCGAUCACAGGGGGUGGUGAAGGUGCUAAUUGUCAUAUUGACACAUGACUUCCCUCGGUGAUAUCUCAAGUUUGCAGAGUAGGGAUGGAUUUAAUGGCUUGAAAAAGUUGCACUAGAAACAGAGACACAACCCGCCUCCAUCAACCCGUCUAAAUCAUCUCAGUUGGGAAGUCACCUCAAGGCUGCCGGAGCCAAGACUGUGCUGGCUCAAGGCCAGCUAACCAGGCUGUCAGUGGCAGUGAUUUGUCCACAGCCACGCCCCGACUGUGACUCACAGUCUAAUCAAACAGCCUUCAAUACUCGUGAUCGAGCUCAGAGUUUGGGUGUCCUUCACUGCGGCUCGGUGGAGGGCUUUUAAUUAUGUCUUCAGUCUCUUUUAAAUGGCUUUAAGCUGAUUUGAACAGAUUUACAGCCUCAUUUGUCCACUCAGAUGGGAAUCUGGUGGACACAAUUUUUUUGUGGAGCGUGUCUGUCCACGCUGAGAGGCAAUGUCACAAUCUGAGAAGGUAUUUUUCAGAGUUUAAAUGAUCUUCAAUUGUUCAAAAGUUUCAUCAGAGGGAGGAAAAGCUGAAUGACGGCACUUACAGGGUGGAUGUGUGUUUAAAACCUUCAGAUUUUUCAUGAUACAAAAGCUGCUUAUGACUGAUCAGGGUAAACAAAGUGAUUAACACACACGCAAACACGUACACACACACACACACACACACACACACACACACACACACACACACACACACACACACACACACACACACACUAAAUAGUUUCCAGACCUGUCCUUCUUACUCAUCAGCUGUCAAUAUUUGCUGUUGCUCAAUUUCAAUUCUCCUCACCAGAUUUAUCCGAUCUUUAUGUCAAACUUUGCCUCUCUAUACCUCACUCUCCCUUUCUCUCUCUCUCCGUCACAAACACCCUGAAUAUUUCUGGUAACUUUUUCGAAUAACACUUCACACACUCUGUCUUUCACUCUCUCUAACAAAAACACACGUACAAACGUGAACAAACACACUGCAGCCUCUCAGAUGAGUAAACACUGAGUUUCUGUACUUUGGAGUGCUGGAUUUGUCUCUUUAGGACUGAGCUCAGGCAGACGGACAGCUGACAACCACAAGAUGGACGGAGUUUGUUUACUGGGAUUCAUUGCUGGUUUACUGCUGGAGGUAACUGGACAUCCUGCGGUGACCACAGAGGGAAAUGAAGGUAACCAACACAGGAGCUGGUGUGGAUUUAUGAGGCAGGAGGCAGACCGAGGUUAGAGAUGUGAGAAGUUUUUAGCAGGUGGGGUCAUGUUGAACAUGAUUAUUCUUCAUGUUAGAAAGUUUAAAUUGAAACAUGAAUUUAAAUCACUGAAACAAAAUGAGUAGUUGAAGUUUUUUGGAGGUGGUUUAUGAAGUUAUUUUUUCUAAUUUGAUUUAUAAGCCAACUUUCCACCAUUGGAGCCAAUUCAGCAACUUUCCUCUGUGACAAUGUUCACCUUUCACCUUUGCAGGGUAAAGCUUCACAAAGUGCUCAUAAACAAAGAAACGUGUGAAACAUGUAUGUAUAUUGACAAAUACACAUACAGCCCAUAGACUGUAUAUAGAAUGGACGCCGUCUGCCUGAAGCCACCGCGAGAACAGCUCCCUCUGGUGACGGGCUGCAGUAUAGGUCAUAAAUCCCGCCUCCUCCAGCAAUCCCUAUGGAGCUGUGGACAAAAUUUAUUAAUUAAUUACACAGAACAUAAAUGUUUCUCCCCCCAGGUGGUGAUGUUGACAUGUAGAUAUUGUCAUACUGGUUUGUGCUCAAGUCCUCUUUUUUCUGUACAGCUCCAUUUUUAAAAUUUAUUAGGGGGUUCAUGUUUUCUAUGAUUGACACUUGAUACUAGGGUGACAAUAUGUCCUCUUUUACCCACAUAUUUCCUCUUUUUGGAGGCUGUCUGGCCUUGUCCGGCUUUGUGUGGGGAAGUUUAUAACAUCCUUCAAAUGUCCGGGGUUUUGUAUGGAAGUUUUGAAUUUGUAUCGUGUGGACUUACUGAGUUAGAGGCAUGUAAAAAUCCCUCGAUUUGACCCAAAAAAACUCAAAAUUUCCUAUGUGCGACUCUGUGACUGCCCCCGUACGAAGAUUGCGUAGCUCACCUGGGGGAUACGCUGUUUGAGCCGAACGUCAUCACAGCGACUUUCUCGCUGAAUGUGCACAAUGCUAGUUCUCCUGGAAAUACCGAGAGCAAUUCGGCUUCAAAUUCGUGUAAUGACGGAAGGCGGAGCCAAGUAGUCCAUAGUCCAUACAGUCUAUGGUACAAGCUCAAUCCAAAGUUGGUUUCAUCCUGCUGCCAUUGUGACAAAAAAUGAACUUGCUGUGCUUUUAAACGGAAACCAAAAUCACAAAGAUACCCAGAUGGCUCAGUUAACCAGCUGAAAGUGGGAAUCACCACAGACUUGGAGAUGAAAGUACAUCAACAAAGUCAACUUGAACACUUUUCACAGAAUGAGCGCUUGGAAGCUGUCGUUUAAGUCGUGGUUUCAGACCAAAGUGGAGUAGAAGUGAUGUUUUUAUUUUAAUAAUAAAUCUGAGAGUCAAGAUCAUAGACUGUAUUUAAUAGAAUUCAACUAAUUAAAUUUGAAACAUGCAACUAAAAAUGCUGCUUAACAGCUUUUUUAUUGUCAUUAGUAAGAAGUAGAUUUCUAUCUUGUAAUGCAGUUUCUUUUAAAACCGAGUUGUGUUUCAUUUCCUCAUGAAGCUGUGGUUCUAUAUUUGUUCCUCGUGUCUCCUGCAGGAGCUGUGUUCGUGUCCCAGCAGGUGGCCAACGCAGUGCUGAUCCGUCAGCGGCGGUACAACAGCGGCAAACUUGAAGAGGUGCUUUAUAAAGACAACCUGGAGCGUGAGUGUAAAGAAGAAGUGUGCACCAUGGAGGAGGCCAGGGAGGUGUUCGAGAAUGAUGAGAAAACUGUUAGUGAAACUCCCUAACACAGACACACACGGACACACAAACUGUUCAACAACAACUAUGAGUGUGUUUUCAGAUUUGAGGUUUCUCAUUUGCAUCCGUGUUUGUCUCUCAGAUGGAGUUCUGGGCCAGUUAUGUUGGUAAGAAAGUGAGCUUCUCAGACUUAUUUCAAUCAAGAUCAUGGUGUCAUCUGCAAACCUGUUUGUGUUUUUAAUACGUGUGUGUAGAUGGGGACCAGUGUAAGCCGCCCCCUUGCCAAAAUGGAGGCACUUGUGAGGAUGGGAUCAGUGCGUAUACUUGCUGGUGCCGUCCAAAUUUUAGCGGCAAGAACUGUGAGAUUGGUAAGUGUUUGAUUUGUACUUUUUUCCCUUAAUGUGAUAAAAUAUUGUUUGGUAAAAGAAGAGAAGUCAGAGAGAUUAAUUCAGCUCUCCUGCUUGUCUGUUUCCAGAGGUGUCCAAGCAAUGUUCAGUCAACAACGGUGGCUGUUCCCAUUUUUGUGUCAUGCAGGCAGAGCGACCUGUAUGUCAGUGUGCAGUUGGUUACACACUCGGAGCAGACACGAGGAGCUGUGAACCAACAGGUAGAAAACAAGAUAAACUAAAUACAAGCAAAUGUAAGAAGGCUGCAGACAUCUAUUUGUCUUGUCAGAGGAGGAACUCAUGACAAAAUCAGUCCUCGUAGUGUGUGCAUGCUUACUUCUUGCCACCCCCAUGUGAGUGUGCACCCCAGAUUGGUCCUCUGUAAAAGACUCAGAUAGUCCAAAUCUCAACUUUAUUUUAAAUAAUGACACAAAUAAUUAAAUUACCCAUCCUUUAAAUCCAAAUGAAAUUAAAAACCCAUCGUUUUCGUCUUCAUUCUGGGAUGAGAAAGCUGUGCAAAUAUGUCAAAUCCUCCAACUGUAAAACUUCAUGAAUCCUCUAAAACUGGACUAUCUCACUCUUGGUUUACUCCCUCACAGAUCAGUUCAGCUGUGGACACGUGGGCUCGUCCUCCACGUCUGUGUCCCGUUCUGCUGUAUCUCCACGGUCCUUCAGCCCCAUAAACGACACAGAGGAGCUACAAAACUUUAAUGACACCACGCUUGAUGAAGACUUGACUGACUAUUUGUAUGAUUAUGAUAAUUUACCUUCAAGUGAUCCGCAGCCAUCCAACAACACUACUCUAAUAUUUAAACGUUCAGUGAGGUCAGCAGAAGAAGCUGUGAGCGAUGGUGUCACUGAGAAGCCGCUGCACUCUUCGGCUUUCUUCCCCACAUUCUCCACCAUCAAGGCAGUAGUUGACGUAGAGGAGAGGAUUGUUGGGGGGGACGAGGCGAAGCCCGGGGAGAUACCCUGGCAGGUACUGAAGUGUGAGAUACAGAAUUAUGAGCUGAAGGCAAGAAGUUUUCAUAACUAUCAACACUGUGGUUAAUGUCCUCCCUCAUCAGUAUAGAGAGAAUUUUGUGUCUUUAUUACAAACAAAAAAUAAAUAAAUAAAUUACAAACAAAAUUAUGAUUUGAAAAAUACAAAAAAAAAAUCCUGGUUAACUAAUAAGAUGUAAUUCUAAUAAAAAUGUAUCUUGAUAAAUCCUUAAAUUUUGUUUACAAACCACAAAUAUUAUUCCUACGAACCAGUUUGUUUGAGUUUCCUAAAGUUUGUUUGAGUUUCCUAAAGUUUGUUUGCAUCUCCAAAAGGUUUGUUUGUGUUUCCGGAAGUUUUGUUUGAGUGUCCUCAAGUUUCUUUGUGUUUCCAAAAGAUUUGUUGGCGUUUCAAAAGGUUUUGUUUGAGUUUCCUGAAGUUUUCUUCACAAACCACAAAUAUUACGCCAAAGAACCGGUUUACUUUGCAUCUCCUGAAGUUUGUUUGCAUUUCCAAAUUUUUUGUUGGUGUUUCCUUAAGUUUCUUUUGCGUUUUCUGUUUCGUGUACGUUCUACUGAAGUUUUCAUUUGAGUUUCCUAAAGUUUGUUUGCGUUUCCAAAUGUUUUGUUUGCAUUUCCUGAAGUUUCUUUUGCGUUUUCUGAAGUUUCGUUUGCGUUUCCAGAAGUUUCAUUUGAGUUUCCUCAAGUUCUGCAUACAUGGAUCUCAUGAGCAGGGGCUUGUCAUCAUUUUUUAGUUUUUUUUUUUUUUUUGUAUUUUUUAAAUUAUAAUUUUUGUUUUUUGGUUGCAAAAUAUUUUUUUGUUCUUGAGUCCAUUCUUCUUGACUGCAUAUAAAGACACAGAAUUCUCUCCAUACAUCAGUAGGGUUUGUACCGUAUCUGCAGCAAAGUUGACCAUAAGGCAUGGCAACCAGUUUUUCUUUAACACCAAGGGUGGGAGGCUCAAAUGCUUUUAUAAAAAUGGUUUGGAUGUGAGACAUCUGAACAACAACUUAAAAGACAAUCGGUGAAAGUUCAGUUGUCUACAAUGAACAAUAUAAAAAUUCUCACUGUCAUAAUACCGUAAUAUAAUAGCAUUUGAGUUCAGCGGCUACCUAGAACAGAUUUAGUUUAACAGAUUUAGCACAGAUUGAAGUUUCCAGUAGAGAAGAUGAAGAAAAACUGAGAGUAUUCAGAAGUUAAAGAGGGAAUCAUGAGGCAGCAGGUGCAGAAAUGCAAAACCCUCCAGUGGUGUUUGAGUGAAAUCUUUGAGUUUACAGAAGUGUUUGUGUUUACAGGUGGCUCUGAUGUAUCGGUCUCCUGCUCACGACAGAGCACAGCCUUUCUGUGGAGGAGCUCUGCUCAGUGAACUGUGGGUCAUCACUGCUGCUCAUUGUCUGAUCCAGGCUGAUAUCGCUAAACGGGUUUUCUUCGUCAGAGUGGGUAUGUAAAACAGCUCUCCUCUCAGCCUGCUCCCAACUAUCGCAUUGUUCAUCCUUACCUCAUGUUUGAUUAUCUUGAUGGAAAACAUUUCUUGCUGUUGAAUUUGUUGGAAAUUCCUGACGAUACCUGACAUUAUUCCUGACGAUGAUGUUGGAAGAAUUUUUGCCACUUGUGGAUUAAAGGGAUACUCUGGCAUAAAAUUAAUUUAGGGUCAAAAACAAUGAGUUAAAAACCCCCUUGAGAGAUGAAUGUUGACGACCGCUUGCUUCUCUAGUUAAACCAACUUUAGUAACGACCACACGAUAGCAAUACACAGCGGUCUGAGGAGGCAUAAACAAACCUCAACCAAAACGCCACUCUAUAGCCACAAAUAAUGUUCAGAACAUUUAUGAUAAUUUCCUUGAAGUAAUAAUCACCAUAUUAAUCAUUUUGCACUGCAGACGCGGUAGUUCUUCUGACUUAGCGUCUAAGUCUGAUUGUAUUUCCAUGAAGAAAUGAUCAUAAAUGUUCUUCCUUGAGCUGCGUCACCCCACUGUAGUCCGUACUGGACUGGCCCGAGGUCUCGCUACAAACAAGCAACUGCUGGAAGAGAGUAGGUGAGUUGUGUUUAGUCUCUUUGCUAAAGAAAUCAGGCAAAGUUAAAAAGAUGUUUAGUGGCUAGUAUUAUGGCUGGGACCCUAUAUGUACUGUUGAUGAAGUUAGGUGCUGUUCUGAGCAUUAUUUGUGGCUAUAGAGUGGCGUUUUGGUUGAGGUUUGUUUAUGGCUCCUCAGACCGCGUGUAUUGCUAUCCUGCGGUUGUUACUAAAGUUGGUAUAACUAGAGAAGCAAGCGGUCGGCAACAUUCAUCUCUCAAGGAGGAGUCUAACUCAGUGUUACGGUGUGUUUGAUUAAUUAAUUUUACGCUGGAAUAUCCCUUUAAAUGUUAGACAUUUGUGUUUACAAAUGCUUAAAAGAUGCUGUUGUUUGCUACACCUCAUGUACAUUUUAUUUAUCUUUGCUUCUAGGUGAACAUGAUGUGAACAGAGAUGAGGGUCCAGAGAGGGACCACCAGGUGGAACAGCGGUAUAUCCAUCGUAAAUACCAUUUCGAUCAGUCACCCUAUAAUCACGAUAUUGCACUGCUGAAGCUCACCACUCCGGUGGAGCUGUCCAGCCACCGACGCCCCAUCUGCUUGGGCCCCAGAGACUUCACAGAAAACUUGAUGAGGGAGUCCAGAGCUUCUCUAGUAAGCGGCUGGGGAAGGAUCAAGUUCAUGGGCCCUGAGGCCACCAAGCUGCAGAAGCUCGCGGUCCCAUAUGUGGAGCGCACUGCCUGUACACAAAGCAGCCGGGACCAAGUGACACGCUUCAUGUUCUGCGCAGGCUACCAGAGCGCCGAGAAGGACGCAUGCCAGGGGGACAGCGGGGGGCCGCACGCAACCAAUCACAAAGGUACCUGGUUCCUGACAGGUAUUGUCAGCUGGGGGGAGGAGUGUGCAAAAGACGGGAAGUACGGCAUCUAUACCCGAGUGUCACGAUACUACCCAUGGAUCAGCUCAACAACAGGGAUCCUUAUCAACUGACAUAGAAGUCAUACGUAGAAGAAAGACGUCAGUAAACACAAAAUAACCCACAGUUUCAUUUAUGGUUAGCUCCGAUUGAGCAUGGAGAUCCUCAUGUUGUCAUCACUAUCACCUCAAUAAAGUGUAAUUAAAGUAUCAGCACA